AUGCUACUUGACCUUCAACCUCAUAGCGUGAUAGCUGUGGGAGUGCUUCUGCCCGCCCUCGCCUCAAUCGCUGUGGGAUCACGGUUCUAUUCAAGGCGCAAGCUAGGCGUCUCACUUAAGGAGGAUGACUGGAUGGUUCUAGUGUCCAUGGUGCUGGUAUGGGGACUAGGGAUCACAAAUAUCUCCGGUGCUGCCCUAGGGGCUUUGGGGGCUCACUCGGAGCCGGCGGGUCCUAAUGCGCCCCAUCACAAUACUAUCAUGCGAGGACCUCGGGAUGAGAUUGUUGAACAGAUCGUUCUGGGGUAUAGCAUUGUUGAGAAAGUUGCGUUUGGGGUUAUUAAAACCAGCGUAUUGCUGGCAUACCGGCGAAUCUUUCGGGGCAAGACAUUCAAUGUCGCUUCACUUACUAUGAUCGCUAUAUGUGCACUAUUAGCGAUAUCGUUUCUCAUCACUUCAGCCCUUCAGUGCCAUGUUCGAAACUGGAGUCUGCAGUAUUUUGCUUGGUCGCAUCGACGACACUGCAUCCAAGCCGAGAUCUCGUGGUCUGGCUAUGCCAUCACAGAUGUGGUCACUGAUAUACUUCUCUUGCUGUUCCCGGUACCAUUGGUAUGGCAGCUGCAGCUCACAAUCUUCAAGAAGAUCAGUGUGCUUCUGGUGUUCUUACUAGGCUCGCUAUCAACUGCUAUUGGUAUCACGCGAAUGGUGGUAUUGUUAUACUUCACCUACGGGACUUCUGAUGGAUAUCGUGAUCUGUUGGAUACUAUUUCGACUGCACUCAUAUGGAGUCUCACGGAAGCUUCUGUCGCUAUAAUUGCUUCCUGCCUACCAUCCAUUCGUCCUCUUGUUCAUCGGUCUUCUGCAAGUGAGUGCAUUAUGUUCCAAAACUUCCCCUCAACCUCAUCUGCCCGCCUCUGGUCAAGCGGAAGCUCAACCUCGCCGUCUCCCAGAGCUCCAACUGUCGCAACAAUGGCAGCCGUCUCUGCAGCUGGCAUUCCUGCCAAUUCAACAGUAUAUGUCAAGAAUCUAGAUGAGAGAAUCAAGCUUGAGCAGUUGAAAGAGGCUUUGGAGGAGAUUUUCUCGGAAUAUGGCACCAUUCUAGAAAUCAUCGCAAAGAGGAACCUCAAGGCAAAGGGCCAGGCCUUUGUCGUCUUUGACAACGUCGACUCCGCUACCCGCGCUAUUGAGGAAAUCAAUGGCUUCGACAUCUUCGAUAAGCCUAUGGUGUUGGACUACGCAAAGACAAGAAGUGAUGCGACGGUCCAGCGCGAAGGCGGCAGCGAGGAGCUAGAGGCUCACAAGCGCAGGCGCAUGGCCGAGAAAGAGCGGAAACAAGCCCAAGAAGCGCUCGAAGCACAGAAGAAACUCAAGCGUCCCGCCGCCGCCGCCGAAUCCACACGCCCAGCCAAGACAACCAAGGGAGCUGGUCUCAAGCCGACCUCUGGUGCCACGACUGCAGUCGUUCCGGACGAGUACCUACCACCCAACAAGAUUCUGUUCUUGCGGGAGUUGCCCGACGAGGCGAGCGAGGAGGGCCUGUCUGCUGUCUUUGGUCGUUUCGAAGGUUUCCAGGAAGUCAGACUGGUGCCCGGCCGAAAGGGAAUUGCUUUCGUCGAGUACGAGGCCGAGGCUGGAGCAAUCAGCGCGAAGGAGGCUACGUCUGGCAUGCCCAUGGGCGAGCAGGGCAAGCCGAUUCGCGUCACUUACCAGCGUCAAUAG